UUUGUUGGCUGAUUUCUCGAUUGUAACUCCAAUUUUCUGUUUGGAACAAAGUGCUUGGUUUGUGUUACAUACUUGGUAUAGAAUGGCUGGGACUGAGAAAACUACUCCAGAAGGUGAUGCUUCGAAUGCAGAUCCGAAACCAUUUGAUGCAAGCCUCUUCUUUCAAAGUGAAGCAGAGAAGCCCUCCUCACCAAGUUUUCCUUCUGAGAGUCCCUUCAUGGAAAAACCUAGUGAUACACUCCAAAGUACAAUGGAACAGUCCAGUGAUAAGACAGGAGGAAGUGGAGAGGAAGCAAGAGAAAAUGACCAAUCUGGUCCACUUGUAAAGGACACGCAGCCUUCAGUAACCAGCUUCUUUACUAAAGACCAGAGCUUGAUCCAGAGUUCUGGGAGCUUCUUUGAUUCAUUUGCCAGUGCCGUUGGAGACGAGAACGACUUGUUCUCAACACCACCCUCAUCCGUUGGAGCAACGCCAGUCUCGCCAGAAGGCCGUGGAGGAUUCAUGGAGGAUCCUCUGGGGAUAUCAGCUGAAGUUUCGAUGAAUGCUGCAGAAGAAGUAGCAGGAGUUAACAGUGAGACAGUGAGCAUUGAUUCCACUAAUCUGCUCACUGAAGAAGAUGCUAAGAUGGGGAGCGGAAGUAACAUGGACACCAUGAGCAUGGAUUCUACAAACCUUUUAUCAGAGGAGGACAAGGAUGAUCAAAGCGUUGAUCAGGGAAAUGAGAGCUUUGAAGCAAAGAAUGAUCUGGUGGAGGAGGAUGGAGAAAUGGAAGCUGCGAAGGGGGCGCUUGAGACAACUAUCUCACUGGAAAGUCCAGAGGCGGAGACAACGGUGAUUGAAGAGGGAAUAAACGAUGCUGCAACUGAAUCAAACAAAGGUGACAAAGAUGAACCUGUAGCAAUUGCUUCUGCUGAGGUAAAGCCACCAGAGACUGUUCCUGAUCUACCAAAGGAUGAUGCUGACACGAGCUUGGAUGUCAAGGAUAAGGUCGCUGUUCCUGAUACGCAGGUGACGACUCCGAAUAAAUCAACCACCAUUGAAUCACAAGGGCCAUCCUCACCGCCUCUAUCAGUCACUUCCCAAGAAGACACGGUCACCGACUCCUCCGACUCUUUGGGUGUUCCGCCUGCCCUCAUGUCGUCCUUCAGCGCUCCAUCAGGUCUCACCAAUCCCAACCCGGUCAGGCCCCAUGUGCCGUUUCAGUCCAUCGCAUCGCAAGAAGAUGAUGAUGACCCGUUCGUAGAAGCGCUCCGUACCAGUGAGAGCGAUCGUCGGCACGAUGCAUGGGUACCCUCGGAGGCCACUCAGAAGAUUUUAGUAAACCGUAGUAUUGCCCUGCAGGGAUCAGAGUACGUGAUCAGGGAUCAACUCACCAUGCCUGGUAUCAUUGCCGAAGAACCACAGGGUGAUCCAAUCAAAGAGCUAGUUCAGAGGUACAUGGGUGAGCAGGAAUCCGCUAAACGAUCUGUUCUCACCGUAAACCAAGUCACAAGAGAUGAGCAUGGCCUUAAAAGGUUAUUGGAUGCAGGUUGUCUUCGUGCUGCUGUUGACCUGACAGGUCUUCUAUUGACCUCUGGAGCUCAGGGCAAAGGUCAAGCUGGAAUGCCAUCAAGACACACCCCUCAUCUCAUGCAGGUAUGGUUCACUAGGAUAUCUGUAUUGAUGAAGUUGCAGCAGUUCACCGCCGCAGAGCAAGAGUUGGAUGCUUUUGGUAACAUGGAUAAACCUGAUCUCUUCUUUGGCUACUACCCAGAUCUCUACCCAGGCAGACAAGGUUCUAUGGUACCCUUCUCAUUUCGUUUGAUCCAUGCUGAGUUAGCUAUGUAUGUAGGCAAGCAUCAGCUUUGUCUGGACAGACUUUCUGCCAUUCUGUCUGUUUGUCACAAGAUAGUGAAGAAUCUACAAGAUGGAAAGUCCGAGUAUGGUCAGUCUGUGGAGCUCUCAGAAGAGAACAGGAAAGCAUCUUUAGAUCUGUGGGAGAGUAGACAAAUCCGAGUUCUUCACUCUGUGGGAAACUGCUUAGUCAGCAUGAAGGAGUACAUGCAAGCUGUGAAUGUCUUCAAAUCAUUGGUAGUGAAAGAGCCUGAGAAUGAAAUCAACAUAUUGUGUGGUAUUGCCAGGGUGUACCUUCAACUUGGUGAUCUGAAGUCUGCCCAGGAUGUGUACAGUGAGAUAGAGAAGAAGAUUCCAGCCGGUGGAUCGUCUCCAGGCAAACAGGCUAGAAUACAUAUUAACAGAGGGUUCCUGAAAGUAGCACAGAAUCAGUACGCAGAAGCCUAUAAGCAUUUCAAUGAAGGACUCAAAAUAGAACCGACGAACUUCAUGGCAAUCAACAAUGUCUCAGUCUGCUGCCUGUACCUCGGCAAACUGAAGGAGUCGCUCUCACUCCUAGAGAACCUAGUUAACAAGGACAGUAGUGAGUUCUUAGACGAGUCCCUCAUCUUUAAUCUCUGCACCCUCUACGAACUGGAGUCGUCUAAGAGCACCGUCAAGAAACAGAAUCUUCUUGGACUUGUCAGUAAACACAAAGGAGAUGGUUUUAAUGUCAGUUGUCUUAAGAUGCCCUAGCUUCUCAUCUGUAAUCUCUUUUCUUGUUAAUGAGGAGAGCAGCGAGUUCUUAGACGAGUCUCUCAUCUUUAAUCUCUGCACCCUCUACGAACUGGAGUCGUCUAAGAGCACCGUCAAGAAACAGAAUCUUCUUGGACUUGUCAGUAAACACAAAGGAGAUGGUUUUAAUGUCAGUUGUCUUAAGAUGCCCUAGUUUCUCAUCUGUAAUCUCUUUUCUUGUCGAUGAGGAGAGCAGCGAGUUCUUAGACGAGUCCCUCAUCUUUAAUCUCUGCACCCUCUACGAACUGGAGUCGUCUAAGAGCACCGUCAAGAAACAGAAUCUUCUUGGACUUGUCAGUAAGCACAAAGGAGAUGGAUUCAAUGUCAGUUGUCUUAAGAUGCCCUAGUUUCUCAUCUGUAAUCUCUUUUUUUUGUCAAUGAGGACAGCAGCGAGUUCUUUCAUCUUUAAUCUCUGCACCCUCUACGAAAUGGAGUCGUCUAAGAGCACAGUCAAGAAACAGAAUCUUCUUGGACUAGUCGGUAAACACAAAGGAGAUGGUUUUCAUGUCAGUUGUCUUAAGAUGCCCUAGCUUCUCAUCUGUUAUCUCUUUUCUUUUUAAAAGGACAGCAGUGAGUUCUUAGACAAGUCCCUCAUCUUUAAUCUCUGCACCCUCUACGAACUGGAGGAGUCUAAGAGCUCCGUGAAGAAACAGAAUCUUUUUUUUUUUUUGCCGGUAAAGCGUAGUUGCCUUGGAAACAUCACUGAAACAUCGCGGUUGCAUGUAAAUGGCCCUAUUCAUGAAUUUGAGUGUAUCUCAGUACAGAUCUUGUGAAUUUUGAAAUGGGGUCAUUUUGUCUUUGAAUCAUGCUCCAGAAGGUUCCAGAAGAACCACAGGCAUAGUCCUUUCUGAGAAAAUUUGUUUAAAAUUUUACCGUUCAGAAAUUAGGAGGAGUUACUCAGGGGGAACUUACAUUGCGUGUUGUGUUUAUACGACUAUCUUUUUUACAUUUUUCAAUUUGAUACAUUUAUUGAACUCUAGUUCCUAGUGCCUAGUUCUUAAAGAACAUUCAUGGCACUAGGAACUAGAGUUCAAUAAAUGUAUCAAAUUGAAAAAUGUAAAAAAGCAUUUGAGACCUGUCAGCUCGUAACUACCAAAAAGUUGCAAAGCCAGCAAGAGAAGUGAUGGUAUUAUAUGUUUUGAUAAAAAUGAGUUUUAUCAUCCAAAGGUUAAGAGCAAGAAGGGCAUUAAAAUAUUGAAUAAUAUCCUUUAUCAAAGUUACUAGCAUAGACGACGCAUAUAUAUUGAAUAGUUUUAUUAUUGUUGUUCAUGUAUUUCUUGUUAUGAUGGGACAUUCCUGUAGGUUAUGAAUGAAGUUUAAACCCAAUUGGUUCUUCAGAGUGCAACACUGUAUUUGAUCAAUUCUUUUUCCAUUUUUUUCCCCAAUCAUGUGGGUUACUUCUCUUGUCAUUUUCUUUAAUGAUCAGUGCAAUAUUUAUUCAUAGAUGCAACUUGAAUAUGAAAGAGGUGUUUUUAUUUGUUUUUUCAAUGUCUAAAACCUCUUUUGAUGUCUUUGCCCAAAAAUGAACACACAGCUGUAGGUACAGUUUUCAAAUAAUAAAUAUGUAUAUCCCAACGUUACGAAAAUUGGAAGCGGACAAUAGAAUAAAGAUAUACAGAAAAAUAAUCUUGUCAUUUUGAAUUUCAUAAUUUAUUGCCAUAUAUAUAUUUUUAUGUACACAAAUCAACUUACAUCUUUGAAA